AUGAAGUUUGAAGAUGAGAUGAUUUUGGUGUUGGGAUUAUUGUGUCUGUUAGUUUUUGUUCUUGUCCUUUAUGCUGGGUGUUUCAUUUGUGGUGUGAUAGCUGCUGCCUGGAUGACACUCACUCAGGGCCACUUUGAUGGACGGUGCAUCCUCUAUGGAAGUGUUUAUUAUAAUGCAUCUGGCCAGGGUUUGACCGUGGAAGGCUCUAGUUCUCCUUCAGUCUGCUAUUUCGUGUCAGCCAUCGCUGUGUGCAUGGCUAUUUACUGUUUUUCCCUUAUUCUUUACUGGAUCUAUGCCAGCUGUGUAGAUGAGGAUGUGAGAAGGGGGACUGUUUCUCUCAACACUUCUCUGGGAGUCUGUGGUCUUCUUCUGUUUUUUCUCUUGGUAUCAGGAUGUAUUCUCAAGAUCGGUCGGGACAGCCUGUGUUUCUCUGUCCUUCACAACACUCCUUCUAUUACCAGUUGUGAAGAUGCAGAGAAUAAAACAUGGGCCCAUCCAUACACUGGAAAUCAGUUCUACACAGGACUGUACAGUACUGAGAGGUCUAUGUGGGUAAGCUUCUUCUUCUGGGUGUUAAUAACGGCCGUGGUGGUCAUACAGAGGCGCCAGAGCUCAAGGUUGAAGGUUUGGGGUGAUGAUGAGUGGAGCCGUGCUGAGACAGAGCCCUUCCUCCAUCGCCCAUCCCGCCAGAGAUAA